AUGGUCUUGAUACGAUCCGUUUUCCUCUUGAUCUAUGCAUCGAUUUGUUGUUGGUGGAUGUGUGGUGCUACUGCCAAAGAUGACUCCUCUUUCAAAGUGGGCGUGGGCAUUGGUGAUAUCACAGGCCCCACUGCCGAGAUCAUGAUGAUGGGAUAUGCUGAGCUGGGACAAACAGACAAGGGCAUUCUGCAACGCAUCUUUGCACGAGCCUUCAUUGUUGCCACUGAUACAGACCGCGUUGUCUUCGUCAAUACGGAUACCCAAUCCAUGGGCGACAUUGUCAAGAAGCGAGUGGUGAAGAAAUUACAAGAAUUGUAUGGCAACAAGGUGUAUACAGAGCAGAACGUAAUGCUUUCAAGCACUCAUUCCCACAGCAGCAUGGGAGGCUACUUGCAACAUGCUCUUUAUGAAAUCAGUGUCCUGGGAUGGAUUGAAGAAACCACAAAGCCUAUGGUGGAGGGCAUUGUCAAUGCCAUUGUUCGUGCCCACGAUCAUUUACAAAAUGGCAGCGUCACUGUCACUCGUGGUGAACUAUUGGAUACCAACAUUAACCGUUCGCCAGCCGCUUAUUUGCUUAAUCCCAAGGAGGAGCGUGCCGAGUACAAGUACGAUGUGGACAAAGACAUGACGUUACUUGGUUUCCGCGACACAGAUGGCAAUGGCCUUGGAUUACUGAAUUGGUUUGCUGUACAUGGUGUCUCGGUGAACAAUACCAAUCAUUUGGUCAAUGGCGACAACAAGGGUUAUGCUGCUUACGCUGCUGAAAAGCAUUACAAUCAUGGAAAACCAGGAAGCAGGGGAUCCUUUGUAGCUGCUUUUGCACAAGCAAACGAAGGCGAUGUCAGCCCUAACACCGAAGGCGCUUACUGCACAGGCACUGAUAUACCAUGCGAUGGUACGCGUGAAACGAAAUGCCCAGGCACAUCUACUUGUAAUGGAAGAGGACCUGGAUGGAAAAUAAGCGACCUUGAAUCCAAUCGUAUCAUUGGUCAAAACCAAGCUGAUAAAGCGAUCGAGCUUUUUGAUCAUGGUGACAAGCUCAUGACCCUAUCAGGACCCAUUGACUAUCGCCAAAAGUACUGGGACAUUAGCAAUGCAGUGAUUAAACGAGAAGAUGGGACCAAUGCAUCACUAUGCCCAGCUGCUAUGGGAUACGCCUUUGCUGCCGGAACAACGGAUGGACCUGCACUCUCUGUAUUUUAUCAGAAUACCACUCAUGGUAAUCCAUUCUGGGACCUUAUUGCUGACUUGCUCAAGAAGCCAAGUAAAAGGCAAGAAGAAUGCCAACAACCAAAACCCGUACUUCUCAAUACAGGCGAGAUCACCUUUCCUUAUGAAUGGCAGCCAAGUAUCAUUGACGUGCAGUUGAUACGCAUUGGGAAUUUCUUUAUUGCAGCUGUACCAUCCGAAAUGACCACCAUGAGUGGAAGACGUCUUCGCAAAGCUAUCAAAAAGGUGUUGAUUGAGCAGGGUGUGGGAAACAAUGACACUUUGGUCAUUCAAUCAGGCCCUGCAAAUUCGUAUGCGUCUUAUUGUGCAACUUACGAAGAAUACCAAAUGCAACGCUAUGAAGGUGCCUCGACACCUUAUGGACCACACACGCUGGAAGCUUACAUUCAAGUGUUUACCGAGCUGGCUACGGCCAUGGCCAAAAAUGAGCCAAUUCAAGAUUCCGAAAAGCUACCUGAUUAUACUGGCAAAGCAUUCAACUUGUCGCCAUCGUAUCCUGCCGACAAUAGCGGCGUGGGCAAAUCAUUUGGCGACAUUAUCAAGGAUGUAGAAACCAAGGAUGGCAACUUUUCACGAGCGGAUCACCCCGUAAUAUCAGCUACCUUUGUCGCUGGUAAUCCACGCAACAACGUCAAGUUGGAUGGUACAUUCUUGACGAUUGAGCAAAAGCAGCAGCAGCAGCAUGGCAACGACACGUCCUCGGUUUGGAAGGUGAUUCGAAACGAUCAUGAUUAUGAUACACGCUUUCACUUUUCUUACAAGGCCAAGCUCUUUGGAUUGUCCCAAGCCAAGAUUGAAUGGCAUGUCGAUGACAACGUAUCUGAGGGGACCUAUCGAAUUGGAUACUUUGGCCACCAUAAAAAGACGCUGACUGGUGAGGUCAAGUCCCAUCAAGGCUAUUCUUCCGAGUUUACCAUAGUACCAUGA